AUGGAACAUAUGCUGCGUUGUAAUAACCUCAAAUGUCGAAAGGAACUUGGCGACCGGGCGUUAGUGACUACGUGCAGUCAUAUCUUCUGUACCGAUUGUGCUGCUCGCCUAGGUCUGACAUCACAGAGGCACGAGCAUCGCAACUCGUGUCCUGCAUGUAAUACCCCCUUAACUAAUCCUGAUGACGCUGUCAUCUCGAACCUUAACCCUAGCGAGGAUUAUAAGACGAGCGUUCUCAGCGGCCUUAGUCCAUAUGUUAUUAUCGAAUGCGCGAGUCGAGCCCUAAGCUUUUGGGCCUACCAGGCUACCCAGGAAGUCUUUUACCAUGAGAAGCUUGGAGCGACACUUACUGAGAAAUACUCGAAUCUCAAUGUCCAUCUCGACAAAGUUAUUAACGAUGCCAACUUGGAAAUCUCCCGUUUAGAAGGCAAACUUUCAGGUAUGGCAAUGGAGCACGAAAGUUUGCGUAGAAAGAAUGACGAGUUAGCACAAGGGUACAAGGAAAAGAAUCGAAAACUCCUACAAAUACAGGAGUUGUACGAUAAGCUUAAGCAAAGAGCUAUGCUCGGACAGAUGCAAGAUGCUGCCGAAGAUGCAGUCGACUCGGCGCUUCACGGGCCGUCAUUGGACAGAAGCCAAGUCGAGGAUAGUAGCCGAAACCUUCCCGAUUUUCAAGAGCACGGGAUGUCUUAUGCGCAUCAGCGACCAGCGCUUCAUGAGCAAGAAAGAAUAUCCGCUCCAUAUCAUCACCAGGGAUUGCGGCAAAACUACAACAGUUCUUGGCCAGGGACUGUGGGAGUUCAACAAAAUAUCCCCGUUACUCCUUCAACUCAUCGUCAACGCCUUGGCGAAACCCCCGGUAUUGGUCUGGCCACUAUUCCCGGUCUUGUAUCAGGGACUCCUCAAGCGCACCAAGCCAACGUGAGCAUACGAGCACAACAGCAUGCCAUACCCUCAAGCAACCUCCAAAGUGGUAUUAGGUUCCCUGCAGUUGGAUUGAGCUCCGGAUUAAAGGUUAGCCACGAUGGGAGUAAUAGCUCUGGCGGGCUUUCUGCAUCGUUGGCAAGACCACGAGCGGUGGCCCAAAGACCUACGCCAUUGUCUUCAACGUUCCAUCGCGGGCAAGCAAGCGACCAACCACAAGCUACCUUUUCUGGAUUACGAAGUAGUUUUGCAAACCUCUAA